AUGAAACCUUAUGAUGCAUACCCAGAUGCUUCUGUAAAACGAUACCGAAUGACUCCCGUCCUUUCCAAUCCCUCUCCGAUUCCUUUGUUAGCUAAGCAGCAACAAGAACAGCCUCUCAAGCCUGUUAAGCGAAGAACGAAGACUGGUUGCUUAACUUGCCGCCGGAGAAGGAUAAAAUGUGAUGAGACGAAACCACUUUGCGCCAACUGUUCUAAAUCAAAUCGUAAGUGUGAAGGCUACCCAAACCAUUCGACCGCUCCUCAAGCAGGUGAGAGCUUAUCUCCCGUCAAUGUAAAUAUAAAUGCUGCCUUGUUGCCACAACAGCAAGCAUCACCUGUCUUCAAUACGAACGCUGUACCUACUGCGUCUGGCAUUCGUUCAUCGACAGAUGCGGAUGCCGGUUUAAAUACAUCUCAUCAAGAUUUUCUUCCCAACGAAUUGAAUCGCCCGACAGGAACUCCAAGUCUUACUUCCUCUAUUCCACAACCCAUGAAACAACAUCCCUCAUUAUUUCCAAUGGCUGGACAUCCGAAUUCUUUUCCGCCUGGUUAUCCUCAUUUGAACCACCAAUUACAUCCUCCAGCUCCUGUGUCUUCCACACCAUCAAAUCCGUAUAACUAUGCUACUGUAAAUUCUACUCCUUCGACCGUGACGAGUUCUAGCCAUCCUUUAUCAUCUUUACGCUCUUCUGGUUCCAUUCCCUCUAAUUUACUCACCAUGCCGUCUCCGACUUUGGAAGUUUCUCCUUUCUAUUUUUAUUAUAUUAUACCAUCUAUUCGGGUAUUUGAAUUUGAAGAUGCGGCUGCUCUGCAUUUUUGGUCAAAUACUGUACCCCAAUUAGCUGAAUCUAUUCCAUGUAUGAAUUACUCGUUACUUGCAUUUACUGCAGCUAAGCGUCUGGAUAAUUUUAACGCUUAUAGCUGUAUUUUAAAGGCUGUACGUACCCCAAUUCCGAACCCAAACUCCUUUGAAUCAUUACUUUCAUAUGCGUUUUUAGCUCUGACUUAUUUAACUAUCCCAAACUGCGACUUUAGCUUUGUUAAUAAUACGUUUAAGAGGUUGAGCUGUCUAUCUACUGUUCGAUCAAAUUUCGUGAACACGUUGCUAGCAAUGGUAAUCCGUGAAACAGUUCUUGCUUUACUACCGCGUCAAAACAUAUGGGAGUUUGACGGUCUCUGCAUAUCUGAAGCAUUUAAUGUUCGAAGCAAUGCUUUGAUUUCAGACACUCUUUUUAGUGAAGGAAUUAGGAUAUUAUCACAACCAUUGGUUCAUGGAAAUGUUCAUCUUGAGCGGAUCAUUUCUUGGAGGGAUGAAUACCAUGUUCGUUUAUACUCCAGUUCUUCAUCAGUAACCUUUCAAGUUUUAGAUUGCAUUGGUCAUGCUCUAACUAAAAACAGUAAUGAUUUACUUGAAACCCUUCAACUCCUAGCCCAAAAAGAUUGUAUUAACUCUGCUCUCACUCAUUCUAUUUACCAGUGUGCUAUGUCAUUACAAAAUUGCUUUCCUCGUGCAAGCAAACAAGCGGAGGUGCUGUUCCAAGUCCAAAGCUAUUACAGCCGCCUUUUGUUUAACAGCUUUUUGGAAUGCUCCGAAUCUGACGGAUCUGCAUUUAAUGUAACCAAAUCUUUUGAUUAA